CAGACCUUCGGCUGCUGCGCCUCCAAGUGCGCCCGUCGUGAUCAGAAAGCCGCAGAAGUCCGGCCGGAGCGCACGCACUGGACCAGGUCUUCUCCAACCUUGGAUUCUACGAUCUUUUCACGCUUGCAUAGAAAACAACAACAACUGUGCUGCAUGUUUUAUUUUAUUUUUUUAACUUGUGUUUGUUUAUAAUUUUUUUCCCUCUCACGGAUCUAUAUUUCAAGUUGGAUACAUGAAGAUGCUUCCUACUAAGUAGCGCACCGGGACCGGGGCGUCUGUUUCUCUGUCCUCCGGGACAUUUGAGGGACUCCUCCCGCUGCGUUUCUGCUUGGAUUUCAUUUAUACGAAACAUCUCGUGAGGUUUGGUGUCGUGGGGGGUGAAGGUGGGGGGGAAAGAGGAAACUAUCGCGCGCAUCACCUCCCGAAAGCACCGGCUUUAUCUCCAAUGAAAUAUAAGCCUUCGGGACCAGCUGCGCAUCGAGUUAGUGAGCGGAUCGAACUCAGCCACACCACCGAGUCGAAGAGGUCUCGCCCCGGCGCCGCGGUCUCGCUGCUGACCCCUCUGGACCCUCUACGGCAGGCGAAGCGGCUUCCCAUCCGGCUGAUCAAGAUGUUGACGGCGCACACCGGACACUUGCUCCAUCCGGAAUAUUUACAGCCUCUGACGUCCGCGCCAGUGAGCAUCGAGCUGGAUGCUAAGAAGAGUCCACUGGCCCUGCUGGCUCAGACCUGCUCUCAGAUUGGUAAACCGGACCCUCCUUCUUCCUCCAAGCUCGGCUCCUCCUGCAGCCCGGGGGACAAAGAAUCCAGCAGUCGAUCGUCGUCCUCCAGCCUGAAGCUGGGGGAGCACCGCUCUUCUCUGGAGGACAAAUCUAGCUUUAAGCCCUACAACAAAAGCAACGUAGACUGUCGCAGGGAUGGUGUUACCAGCAGCUCCAGCGGUGACAAAGUUGGAUUCAGGGUACCGAGCAGCAGUAGCUCAACCACUAAUGGGAAUUCAACCAGCAGCCAGCAGUCCUAUCCAUCCCACGCUUCUUCGCCUGGCUCCAGAGGCACCAGCACCCCCCCAGGACAGGCUCAGCAGCAUCACAAACAGAGCCCGUCUCCCGGCGGACAGCCCGCCUCGCAGUCCCAAACUCUUACCUCUGAACCCGGACGCGAGCAGAGCAGCCCCACCAGCACUUCCACUAGUAAUAACCACAGCAAUCCAAAAAAAGACGCUGACGGGGGCAAGGCGAGCGCAGACAGCCCGCACCACGCGAACUCCAGCCACGUCCGGGCGAGCACAAACUGCAGCAACAGCAGCUCAGACGGAGGCUCCAACCAGGACGUCGGCGGUAGAGCCGAGGCCGCCCAGCCUAGCCUCGGCCCUGGGCACGUCACGCCCAUCUCUCCUUACAAAAAUAGCCAGCCACUCUUCCCCUUACCCUCUUCCAACAUGGCCUAUCAUGGAUCUGUCAUGGGGGGUUACGCGGGCUACCCAUCCCAGUUCCUCCCAGGGUUGGACCCGUCCAAAACAAGCCUGAGCAUGGGAGGAAAACACACGAGUUCCAGUCCUCUGACGGGCACCUCCCCUCCGUCCUUCAUGCAGGGCCUUUGCAGGGACCCUUACUGUCUAAGCUACCCUGGUGUGUCUCAUCUCGGCAGUAGCAACUGCAACUCCUGCAUCCACGACCCUUCCUCCACCCUAAAGUCGAGCUUUCCCAUGGUGUAUCCUUCCCACCCACUUCACUCCCUCCACCAAAGCUCCUUGUCGUCCAGCGUGUCCCCCUCCCUGUCUCAUCCCCUUUACACGUACGGCUUUAUGCUACCAAACGACCCCCUUCCCCACGUCUGCAACUGGGUGUCCGCUGGAGGGCCUUGCGACAAGCGCUUCGCCACCUCAGAUGAACUCCUGGCUCACCUUCGCACCCACACAGCUUUGCCUGUGGGGAUGGACAGUAAGCUGCUCUCCGUUUCCUCAUCUGGACCCGCAUCCUGCCACUUGCACCUCCCACACCAGAGCAGCCCGGGCUCCCUCCCCAGCUCUCUGUCGCUCAGGGCUCCACCCAGCCUGGGCUUAGCUCGCUAUCACCCCUACAGUAAGGUCCACCUCCCCUCUGGGCCUUCCUCCAUCUCCCUGCACUCUCUGCCCACCACUGGCCCUUACUAUCCCCACUACACUCUUUACAGUCAAAGACUUGGAUCUGCAUCAGCUCUUGGAUACCAAUAGAACGCCAUGUACUUAUGUGUUUCUCAGAGUAGUUUGACAUUUUGGGAAUUAAUCAUGUUUGCUUUCUUGCAGAGAGCUUGGGUGAGAAGCUUAAAAUGGCUCCCGUGCACCUCUUAAAUGUGAACCUACGGGCAAUUAGCUUAGCUUAGCACAGCACCUGGAAAAGUGGUUACACUAGCUGUCCUGGCUUCAGCUGCUCUCUGAAUCUCACGUGAAAUGUUGUCCGAAAGGAAUAAUUCAGCUGAAACAGUAAUUUUUAGUUUUCCAACAAGUUUGGGAAGGAGUUCUGAACCAACUGAUGGAAACUUUAGAUAAUGUUUCUGAUUUAACUUGUAAAAUUGCUCAUUUCUGCUUAUUUUGCCCAUUUUUUUUUUCAGAUUAAAAAAUCAUAUUUGAACAUAUUCAGCAGAGCUGAGCUGCUUACAUAGUCAAGCCAGCUGUUUGCCUCUUUCUGAGAUAAGCUAACUGGUUGCAGCUUUGUAGCUAGCUGGUCGGGAAAACAACACCUUGCUCUGCCAGAAAGUCAAUAACUACAUUCCCCAAAAUGUUUUACUUUAAGAUAAAUUGUGACAACUUGCUGCUUCUUCUGAAUUCAGAAAUAACCUGGAGACACUUUUCUCUGUUCUUAAAAGCAUCUCUGCUGUCGGUUUGAACGUUUAUCCACAAGAUUUCUAAUAGCAUUUCCCUUUCCAAAUUCAAAGGGCAUGCAGACCUUCUGUUUUUGCACAUUGCAAGAGACUUGACUACCCUGAGGUGAUCUACCGCUCUGUGCUAUUCUGGAAAUUGAUGGUUGUGCAUAAAAGCUUUCAGCAAACAGUGAUGAUUUGGGAAAAUAAAAAGCUAGUGUGUGAGGGCUGGCUGCUGGCUGCGGCCACUGGCUUCAGUUGCCUUCUCCCUGCAGGAGACGCAUGAAAGCCUGAAACGGCACACACAUUUAACCGGCCCAAUGUUUUGCUUUGAUUCCUCAUGCUUCUUCCCGCUGAUGACGUUUAUUUAUUUCCUACAGGAUACCUGGCUUUAAUACUUUCUAUAUAUUCUCCUUUUACAGUAAUGUGAGCGGACAUGUUGGAAAGGUGUUAAAACUGUGUCUUAACACUUUCGUAUUGAAUGAAUGUUAAAAUCACAUCUUGUUCUCAGCUUUUUGAUUGUUUUUUUAUUGUGAUUUCCUCAACAAAAUGAAUAAAACUGAGAUGUGAUAUUUUUUUGUAAUAUUGAAACACCCCAUGGUGGGGCCUCGAGGGUGAUGCGGUGAAAUGGGAGCUCAUAUUUUGGUAAAUAAACCACACUGAAGAUGUG